AAGGAUGAAUCACCAUUACAUUUUCGGCCAUGUGAUGUCGCCCUAUGAGUGUGUGUCUGUGUGUGUAUGAAGUGAAGAGGGAGGACGUCACACACUGAAUUCUUGAAAAGCUCAUCAAAUUAUGUGUGUUUUGACCGGUUUUCUCAAUCUGUUUGGCAUCUAGUCGGAGCAAUUUCAGACGUUUUGGCUCUCGGGAAGGAAUGGCCAUGACGCUUCAAGGAUCUGUCUUGACCAAUGGAAACACUGCCACGAACUUUGUUCCUCUCAAACUGGAACCCAACAACAAAGACUCACCGGAAGUGUUUCUGAACGAAGCCAGCAAUGGUUUUGGUGAUUGUGAAAAGAAUGGAUUGAACAAUGGUGAAGUUAUUGAGGAAGUUAAAGAAACACCUAGUGAAGAGCCAGUCAUUGAUAUUACAAUCAACAAUGUGGUAUGCAGUUUCAGUGUUAAAUCCCAUCUCAACUUGAAGCAGAUAGCUCAGAGUGGCUACAAUGUUGAGUACCGUAGAGAAAAUGGGAUGGUAACCAUGAGAUUACGGAAACCAUACACUACAGCUUCAAUCUGGUCCUCAGGAAAAGUUACCUGUACAGGGGCAACAAGUGAGGAUGAAGCCAAACAGGCCGCUAGACGAAUCACUCGUUCGGUCUCCAAACUAGGCUACCCAAAAUUACGCCUAGUAAAUUACAGAGUAGUCAAUGUUCUGGGAACUUGUACAAUGCCUUUUGCGAUAAAAAUAACGCCUUUUUCAGCCAAACACAGAGAUAUAGCCAGUUAUGAACCUGAAUUGCAUCCUGGAGUUACAUAUCGUCUCAAGGAACCUAAGGCCACCCUAAAAAUCUUCUCAACAGGCAGCAUUACAGUUACAGCGCCAUGCGUGGGUAACGUCCAAUCAGCCAUCGAACACAUAUACCCCCUAGUGUUCGAAUUUCGUAAAGAACGAUCUCCUGAAGACAUACGAACAAUGCAAGCCACCAAACGGUCACGCGGGUUCAAACGCAAGUGUUCCUCAGAUUUUGGCUUCGAAGCUGAUGAAGAGUGUAUCGCAAUCGACGACGAAGAGGAGGCGGAAGACUUUGACAGUGAUCAGAGCCACGAUUAAACCGUUCAGAAUCACCAACUAAAAUUACGUAUCACAGCAACCGAAUCGUGGGUCGAGUCGUUGAAAGCAAAUUCAGACUCAAGUUGGAAAUCUCUUUGGUGCUCUUCUUCCCCUUCCUGAAAUCCGUUUGGCCACUUCGCUGUCAGUACGACCAAACCUUUUUCAGCUUUCACUCUUUCGAUCCCAACGAUCUUGUAUACUAUCAUCUAAUUUUUUCCCCCCUCACUUCUCCUCCCUUUCUCUACACCCUGUCACUAGCUGUUCGAACUUUCAGUUAUCAGUUUUUUCGAGGCGGAUUCACCUUUCAUUCGCGACCUUUCGUUGGUUGGCCACUAUCGAGGUUAAUAAUUGUUGUUCAGUUCAAUUUUUUUAUUUUUUUUUUCUAAUUCUCAUGAAUACUCUUCUCGAUUUAGUAGUCCCACCAACCAAACGUUUUACCGUUAGGCUAAAGCUUAAGGUCGUGUGUCAGAUGUGAAACAGUCUUCCGCUCCUUUUGGACAUUGCGACUUUUGAAUUCUGACGAAAAAAGAGUUGACGGAAAUCAGCGUUCAAACUCUAUUUAACCCUCUCAAACGAUUUUCAUCUUCAUUUUGCGUCUGAAGAAAGGAUACCCAUUUUCGAAGAGACGACAAGCACUCGUCAAAAAUAACGAAACAAAAAAAAAAGUAAUUUAGGUCCAGUCGAUUCUUAAACAAAUCGCCAGCCUUUCUCCUAUUCACCACGUUUGAUUGUAGUUUAAAACAGUUAAUAUUUCGUUCUUCGAAAUGGUGCUUAAGGCUGUCGGCCUGCUUUUGAGUAUCCUUAAUUUGUCUUUCGUUUCGUUUACCCCCCUAAUUUUUUUUUUCCUCCUCGGUCGUGUCCCAUGUUAUAGUCUACAAUGUACAAUUACGCUCUUCUGGAACACGGGCACGUGCCCUAAAUUUUCGUGUUAAACAUGGAACAAAAUUUUGGUUCGCAGGUUCCGCUUUUUCUGCUCCCUCUCAAUACAGAAACUGACGAAUCCUUAUUUCCCUAGAUUUGAAACUAAGAUCCACCCAGAAGAAUGAGAACACAAGGAGUCAUCAGAAUCGUUCAAAUUGUAUUGUUUUUUUUUCUGCCCUUCACGAACGACUGCGAAGUCCAGUCACCAAAUUGCCCUCCGAUUGCUCCUCAGCUCUAGCCCCCCUCCUCCCCCCCCCCCCACUCCCCCUGAAAGCGGGUUGAUUGCCUCAGUUCAGCGAGCAAUAACAAUCGGAUGAUACCAAUGCUUGUGAGUGAGUGUGCGAAUGCGUGUGCGUGUGUGAGUGUGCGUGUCAAACUUACCUUCCAAUCGUCCUUGCCCAACGGUUCUCAAUAAACGAGAUUUUCCAGAUGA